AUGCAAUUAAUUUCGAUUAUUACAAUAAUUGUACUCAGUUCUGGUUGUGUAUUGGCAUAUAACAAAACACGUGAUCAGCAAUGGAACUUAUGGAAAGAUACACACAAGAAAAACUAUUCUGAUGUUGAAGAGCCUGUUCGUCGUGUUGUGUGGGAAAAUAAUACGAAGAUAAUCGAAGAACACAAUCUUCAAGCUGACCUUGGUGUUUAUGCGUAUUGGCUUGGAAUGAAUCAAUACGGAGAUUUAACUGUCAAUGAAUUUGUACAAAAAUACACUGGUCUUAAGGGAAAGAUGAAAACAAAAUACAAUCAAGUUCGUCAAGUAUUGGUAUGCAAUUCGACUGUUAUUUUGCCAGACUCUGUCGACUGGCGUAACCAGAAUGUCGUUGAAGCAGUCAAAGAUCAAGGUGAUUGUGGAUCAUGUUGGGCUUUCUCAGCAGUUGGCUCAAUUGAAAGUGCAUAUGCUAUUAAAACUGGCACGCUUGUUUCCCUUUCCGAACAACAAUUAGUUGAUUGUUCUGGUGGGGAAGGAAAUUAUGGUUGUGGCGGUGGUUGGAUGGAUUAUGCCUUUGUAUAUGUCAUCAAUGCAAGCGGCAUCGAGACAGAAAGUUCAUAUCCAUAUACAGCGGUUGACCAGACAUGUGUGUUCAAUCCAACAGAGACUACUGUCCAAGUCUGUGAUUUCGUUGAUAUAGCAUCAGGAGACGAAGUAGCUCUCCAACAAGCCGUUGCUACUAUUGAACCAAUAUCAGUCGCGAUUGAUGCUGGUCAUUCCUCAUUUCAGUUCUAUCAAUCCGGUGUUUACAAUGAAUCAACUUGCUUGCAAGAUAUAUUUGAUCUUGAUCAUGGUGUUCUCCUUAUUGGUUAUGGUACGGACGGAAAUCAUGACUAUUGGCUGAUAAAAAACAGUUGGAAUACGGAUUGGGGUGACCAAGGCUAUAUGAAAAUGACACGAAAUCAAAAUAAUCAAUGUGCUUUAAUCGUAUCAAUUGUUUUCAUAUUCGAAGUUUAUUAUCAAUAUGGUGAAUGUGCUGUAUCUACAAAAUAUUCAAAGGAAAAUAUGAAAUUAACUCAUCGGAUAAUGGACAUGUUAGAUGAUUUAUCAAUUGUUUAUUGGCCUGAUUGUCAAUCAUUAUUAAAUGUUUUAAGAAAUGAAACAUAUAACAUAUGGGAUCAAGAUGUUGAUUUAUCAAUUGAAUGGCCAUUUAAAUCCAAUCAUAUCCAUUCGAAAUUAAAUAAUAUUCAACUUUUCAUUGAAACAUUGCAAAACAAUGAUUUUAAUGUUGAAUAUUAUCCAGAUAGAAAAUUAUUUUCAUUAUCAUCUGUAAAUGAAAAAUCUGCACGACAACCACAUGUUGAUAUAUGGUUAUGGAAACGUUACGAUGAACAUGAAAUGAAACCAGUUUUACAAUUAUUUGAUUCUAGUCUUAAAUAUCAAUCAAGAUUAAUUUCAGAUAUUUAUCCAUUGAAGUCUGUUUCAUGGUUAGGAAGAAAUGUUAAAAUACCAAGACAAUCACAUAAAAUUGCAUAUAAAGAAUAUGGAAUAUCGUAUAUGAAACCGAUUUUCAUACGAAAUAAUUGUCUUCAUAAUUUAAUUGACGGUCGAUGGUUUUAUAAUGCAUAG